GUGGACGUUUUUUUCUCCUCUGCUUUCUUCUCGGGCUGUUGCACAGCUGCUGCUUCUUUAAGAGCCACCGCCCGCCCCCUCUCCUGUAUUUUUAGCUGAGCCAGCCACUUCAUUUGCUGGAUAAGACAGACAGUUGUGUACCGUAUGAUCUCACUUAAUCGUUUUGAUAAAUCAAAUCGUAUACUGCGGAUUUGCCGAAGGGCCCACAGGCAGCUGUUCACUGGAAAUGUCGCACAGGUUGGACAUCUGUCCCGCCGCUGUCGGAUGCUGCAACGCGCAGUCAGCCUGUGGAUGCUUGAUGUCCAUUAUGAAACGCAGUGCUGCACUGGGUACCGAGCAUUAGGAGCUGCGUUUCUCACAUCAAAUGAAUCACAAGAAAUCAAUUUAGCUGCAAAACCCUCCGAGUGGUGCGGACGGUUCACGGUGGUCCAGCAUCCUCCUCAGCCGCCUGUCUUCUCCUGGAUUGUGGAUAACAAGAAGACUUCAAGACGGAGGGGGUGGUGGAGCAUCGAGGAAAAAAUAGGGGCAAUAUGAGAGAGCGGGACUUCAUGCCCAAUAUGGAGAGGGGCAAACCUGCUACUUACACGGGGGACAAAAAGGCUAAGAUGGCUGCUAAGACGAACAAGAAGUGGGUGAGACUAGCCACUGUUUUUGCAUAUGUAUUGUCCGUAUCCUUAGCAGCCAUUAUCUUGGCGAUUUACUACAGCCUGAUCUGGAAACCGACCAGUGCAUCCUCAUCUGCGGGGAAGCCAGGAGUGCCCGAGGAGGUCACCCCCACCGCCAACAUCUCAACUAACAUUUCCUCAAGCAGCAAUGUCUCAGAGUGGAACUCUACACAGACGGGGCUGCUAUCUUUGAACCAGAGCAGGCAGGGAAGCAGCCCGCACAGUCAGCCGUUUCAGUGGGACGACAGAGCCGAGAGCGUGGCCGUGUCUCCGCGCACUGCCGGAGCUGAAAGUGCGCACACGCAGGAGCAGGAAGAGGACGGACUGUACGCGUCUUCCCACGGUCACACAACCUCGGAGAGAUCGGGGACUGGGAGACAGACACAAGGGUUGAACCACUAUGCCCAGUCUUCAAACAGGGAGCCAGGAGAGGAGGAGGAGGAGGAGGAGGAGAUGGAGGCGCACAGACGGAGCGACAGGGAGAAUGACCAACGCGACCCAGAUGCUGCCACCGCUCCUCCAUCCUCCGCACCGGGCCUGAGAGGAGACUGAUCAGGGGCCCUCUUGCACAUCACACACACCCUAAUACACACUGCCCCAACAUGGAGUGUUUUACUGACUCAACGCCGCAGGUCGGAUAACACACAGCUCCUCUCCACAUUUUGCAGAGCUUCUUCUGGAUGCAGAACUGCACAUAAGAACACAAAUCAUGACUAAAAAAAGAGAGGAGACCUCGCUUCUUCACUGUUCAAUACUAACUAUGCGUUUUCUUUUUUUCUUUUAGGCCAUCUGUAUGCCUUAAAUCAAUAUGUGUCUACUUUAUACCUCGGACAGCUUCUGAGGCCAAUAAAAUGCCCGUACCUGUG